AUGAAAUAUGCUCAGUCAACAAAAGUAGAAAUGAGCAAUGAAAAAUACGAGACAGGUGUAUUGUUGUCAACAUCAUUCAAAAACGUACCUCUAGAUUUGUCCGACACAUAUUCACAUAUUCAAUUUUUGAGGUACAGCGGAUCACAUAGUUUAAGCGAAGACAAGGACAAGGAAAACGUUAGCAAUGAUGAUGCAUUAUUUCAAUAG